AUGGGCAAGCUUUGGACGGCACUGAACGUGCUGCUGUUCUUCCGCGUCUUCUUUCCCGGUGUGGACACGGGCGCCGUCAUCUGCGGCAUGCUCGCUCUUUACAUGGGCGUGAUUGUGUGGAUGCGACCGCCAUCGCCGUCCAACUUUUGGCUCACCGCCAUUGCUCUGGCGCUCCUGGUGGGCGAUGGCGUUCGCGCUUACCUCUCCGACUCGUUUAGCUGGUUCCGCUUUUACCUGCUCUUUGGCGUCCUUUUGGUUGCCUUCCGUCUGGACUCGCGCUUCCGCUGGGAUUCAAAGAUGGCCACCCGCCGCAAACUCAUGAUCAGUACCUGGGGUACAUCCUCCGAAGGCACCAUCUACGGCUCGCUGAUCAUCAAGGCUCAGGCGCUGCUCGACUACGUGGAGCGCAAGCGCAAGGAAACUGGCAAAAAAAUCACCGUCACCCACUGCUGCCUCAAGUGCUUUGGUCUGGUUCUGGCUGAACAUCCCAAUGUCAACGGCCGCCUGGUGUUUGGGCGCUACUACACGGCGGACACCGUGGACAUUGGCUGCUUGGUCAGCAUCGAGACCAAGCGCGGCCCCGAUCUCGGUCUGACCAAGUUGACCCGCGCCAACGAGCGCUCCGUCACGGAGAUUGCCGACGAACUGCAGCGGGCAGCAGAGAAGCUGCGCGCCGGCAAGGACCAGGACCAUAACAAGCAAAAGCCGGCCUUGAGCUGGCUGCCCACCUUCUUGCUGGAGCCGGUCAUUCAUCUCACAGGCUGGCUGGGCAGCAUUGGCGUCGCCAUCCCGGCCUUGGGGGUCAAACCUUACCCCUUUGGCACCAUCUAUGUCACCUCCAUCGGCAUGUUGGGCCUCGACUCGGCCAACGUGCCCUUCUCCCCCUUUGCUCGCGUGCCCUUGCUCAUGACCAUCGGCAAGAUUGACGACAAGCCCGCCGUUGUGGAUGGCCAACUGGCCAUUGAAAAGCAGCUGCCCCUGACCGUUACCGUGGAUCAUCGCUUUCUCGAUGGCAGCGAGGGCUCGCGCAUGUUGGCCAAGAUUCGCGAAAUCCUGGAGCACCCCGAACAGUAUUUUGACGAGUAA